CUAGCUGUCCAACUUCCAUCGCAACCUUUCUACCUUUCUAUCCUGAUUUACUCCAGGAAGAUAGUCGGAUUAUUCAAUCCUUGACCUGCUAUCAUCUAUCACAUCGCCAUCAUGGCCGACCCCCAGUUCGCCAAGUACCCCGACCUGUCCCUCGCACAGGACAUCUUCAAUCUCUCCAACCCAUCAUGCACCUCCACCGUCCGACAAACGUCUCUCAAGAAACUGCAAAAUGCAAUCACAGAACACAAGAUGGCCCCGCUCUACCGGCAUCUCGCACACCCCACCGAAGGAGUUUUGAAUGCCCUGGGCGAGGGCGUCCCACAACAACCGCCGACCAACGGAGCUGCAGCCCCCGGGCGUCCCGUCAUCACGUCGAACUUGCUCAGCGGGCGAAAAAUACCUCAGAGAGUGGAUCUUCCAUGGGAUGAGAAGCUUUACGAUACAUUAAAGGAGGAAAAUAAGAAAGAGCUCGAGUCGUUCCAGAAGGAAGAGGAGGAGGCCGCAGAAGCGGCUGGCGACACCGAGGUAUUGGCUGCUCAAGGGAAGCGUGCAGAGUUUUGGGCUCGUGUUGGAGACAAGGAUAAAGCGAUCCAAACCUACGAAGCUGUCUUGGAGAAGACCAGUAUUUUGGGCACGAAAAUCGACUUGGUUUUGGCGAUGGUCCGUGUUGGUCUGUUUUUUGGGGACAAAUUCUUCGUCAAGCAAACCGUGGAACGCGCGAAUGCCCUGGUCGAGAGCGGCGGCGAUUGGGACCGCAGGAAUCGCCUCAAGGCCUACAAGGGUCUCCAUCUCCUUACCAUCCGUUCCUACAACCUAGCUGCGCCUCUUUUGCUGGACAGCUUGUCUACUUUUACAAGCUACGAGCUAUGCAGCUACUCUUCUCUCGUUGUUUACGCGGUUCUUGCGGGCUCUCUCUCCCUGAAGCGAGUCGAUUUCAAGGCCAAGGUCGUCGAUGCGCCGGAAAUCAGGGCUAUUCUGGGAGACGGCGAAGAUAGGCUGUCGGCGCUUACCGGGGCUGUGUCUUCUGGGCCUGGCGCAGGAGAUGAAGAGAUGCAGGAUGUUUCCAGUGCGACUCCGGGAACAGCAUCUGCUGUCGUGAACUUGACUACUUUGGGCGCUGGGUCCGGCGCUCAGGCAGAGUCGGAGAGGCCGGUUGAUUUCUCCUCGCUAGCCAACCUUGUCAGCAGUCUGUACGGUGGAAAUUACCGGUCAUUUUUCGUUGCCCUUGCAGCUGUGGAAGACAAUUUCUUGAGCCAGGACCGUUAUCUCUACGAGCAUCGUGCCUGGUUUGUCCGUGAGAUGCGUCUGCGGGGUUACCAACAGCUGCUCCAGAGCUACCGGGUUGUCGGGUUGAGCAGCAUGGCGAACGACUUUGGCGUGACCGUGGAUUUCCUAGACAGGGACCUUUCCAAGUUCAUUGCUGCCGAGCGGAUAACGUGCACUAUCGACCGUGUAAAUGGAGUCAUUGAGACGAAUCGGCCCGACGAUAAGAACAAGCAGUACUCUGAUCUGGUCAAGCAGGGCGAUUUCCUGAUCACCAAGCUGCAGAAGUAUGGGCAGACCGUGAGACUGCGGGGAAGCGAGCGAAGUUAGAGCUGUAUAUUAGUCGUGUCUUGCAUUGCAUGAUGUAUUCAUGUACUCACUAAAUAACAUUCAUCAACCAAGCUCGUAGUAAUGAAUUCCAAUAACAACAAUAAAGAAUAAGCAUUAAGAA